AUGCUCAACCUCCUCCUUCCUUCCCUUCUCCUCUCUCUUCUCGCCGUAUACAUCCAUCGUCUCUCCCAACCUUCCCGAAAACCCGGAUCUCACCGUUUAUCACAACCCUCUCGUCAUGUAUGGUUUUCAGAAAGAACGGGAAUCACCUUGUCCAUCUCUACCCCAAACCUCAAUUACCUACCUCGGUCCAUCCUUCAAAGCCUGCGAUCUUCCCUACAUCCGAGGUUGAAGAAGACUUAUGAACUUUUAGCUUGGGUUGGAGUGAUAGGAGGGGUCAUAGCACUUUUCGGAGCAUUAUGGGCUUGUUUGGAUAUUUGGUGGUCUGUAUGGGAAGAAGCUACUGUACAUGCUUCUUCUCCCUCAACUACCGGUUCGUGGAGACGUCACAUGUCAAAGGUGCAGGAACAACGUAGAGGAUUACAACCUCUGAUACCAGGAAUAACGACACCUAUCUCACAUCUACCCACUAUGUUAUUGGCGUUGGUGAGCAAUCAGUUAAUACAUGAACUAGGUCAUGCUCUCUCUGCUUCAUUGGACGACGUCCAACCCUCAAGAUUCAGUCUAUCUCUACAUCUCUUCCUCCCCAGUGCUAGUGUUUCCUUCCCUUCUUCUGUUGACUUUCUCAGUCCGAAAGCCAAAAUGCGUCUUGCGGCAGCUGGAGCAGGACACAAUUUGGUCUGUUGGAUAAUUUUGUGGUCAAUCACGGUCAGUGGAAUGGGGAGUAUGUUUUGGUAUGAUCGUUCGGCCGAGGGACGAGUGGUUCAAAAUGUCCAUCCUGGCUCUCCCUUAGCCGGACAUCUCAAACCAGGGGACAUCAUCACCCACCUCGACGAUUCAGUACUCGGUGGUAAUCUGGACAUAUGGACUGAUUAUCUGUCCGGGGAUGAGGUAGGAGAUCAAUCGAGGGGUUGGUGCUACCUCCGUUCAGACUAUCUGGGUAAGACCAUCCUUGAUCUCUCUACAUCACCCUCGUACAAAGUAAUCCCAAAUUCAGCAGCCGGCACAGUAAAUCCCCGAGACGUGCCCGAAUCCAGGUGUCUCAACCCACAUCCUCUUCUUGACAAUCCAUCUACCCCUUGCAUGUGCGACGCUUCCACCGAACUUUGCAUCCGACCUUCUCUCUCAGAAAGGAUCUUACGGAUACGAACUACAAACAAGGUGGUCAUAUGGGCGGGAGAUCGGAUGGCCGUAUUGGAAGGAGUUCAGGUGUCUGGUUUGGAUGGACGAUUGUGGCCUGGAGCUAUCCGAUGGGGUGAGAUGUAUAUUGGGUAUUUAAAAACCAUUUCCAUCUCACUAUUCCUAUUCAACCUCCUUCCCCUUCCCUCCACUGACGGAGCACAUCUCUUUCGUGCUCUAUUGAGUCUACAUCAUUCUUCCAAACCUUGGUCCCCCGGUCAACCCCGACAUCUUCAAGCCUCUUUAGGUCAAGGACAACCUCGCAUCAACAUUUAUAGAGAGUACGAACUGGCCGACUCUGAUUCUGAGGAUUACGAAUCGGCUCUGGGUCAUAGAGAUCCAAGUGGGGGGAUGAGAAGGGAAGAAGUGUGGAAGAGAAGGUUGAGAAGAGGAGUGGAGGGAAUGAGUUUGGGUUUGGUAGUUGUUUGGACGGCGGGUUGGGGGAUGGUAGGUUUGUUAAGAAGUAGUUGA